AUGGCACGAGCCGUGGCAGUUCUCAGCACCGUGCUCUGUGGAGCUGACCUGGUGCCUCAACUGCGUGGCAGCCUGGGUGAGUUGGAGAGUUGUGUCUCUAAGCCCAACUUCCAAAGGGCACAGAGUAGUUGGUGUGGACAGCAGCAGGAGCCAGUGGCAUGCUUCAAGGAGUUGGAUGAUCUGAAUCCCAUCUGGGAUUGUCACCUCCAAAGUGCCCAGUGUUCCUUGGGUGCCAAGCCUUGCGCCUGGCCCAAGGAUGCCCUGGAGCUAGCGCAAGCGCCUGAGAGGAAGGUCUCGGAGGCGGCGGCGGGGAACCCCACGCGCUUCGUGACGUGGAACCUCUACGUCUUCACGCUGGCGGGCCGCAUUCAUCCGGUGGUGGACGAGCUCAUGCGCAUGCAGCCAGAGAUUGCGGCCAUCCCAGAGAUGUGGCAUGAGAAGCAUGCCAUUUUGGACCGUCUGAACCAAGUCUCCGGAAACGUCUAUGCCUUCGCAACUGGUGGACAGACCGAACAGUUCAACGAUGCAGACAUUCUCUUCCGUGCUGACAAGUGGGAGCACAUUGCCAGUGAUUUGGUGCCCUUCAGUGCCGGGAGGGCGGUGAAUUGGGCUGCGCUUCGUCGCAAGUCAGAUGGAUACACACUGCUGGCGGCCGGCACGCAUCCUCUUUGCUGCCAAGGGGACUACGUCGUGAUGGAGGCUGUGGAUUUUGUGAUUCGCACCUUGGCUGGAGUCCAACAGCAGCACCCGUAUCCCAUUGUCCUGAUGGGUGACUUGAACACGGGCUACUUCCAGCCCUCCCAGCAGCUGCUGCGCAACGGGCACAUGGACGCCUUUGGUCGACGCUGGCAGAUCCCAAUGACCUUCACGGACGCCUGGGCCGAACUUCAUCCGGGCAAUCCGGAUCCCUCCACCAUCAACAACGACCCGGUGCGCUUGGACUAUGUCUACUUCCAAAAGACACCCAUUUCGGUUGGUCAGUCCGUGGUCCAAUCGCAAAUUUGGCCACGGGCUGCUGGGAGCGACCAUCGUGCCGUUUCUGGGGAUGUGGUUCUGAAUCGCUGA